CAAAAUACAAAAUUUACACACUAUGAUUAAUGAUUAGACGGAGGCCGCUAGUGUUCACAUUUGCGAGCCUUCUUAGUAGAGUAGUUCAUUCUGAAAUAGCAAGAAUCAUGCUCAAACUAGCUGGCUUUGGAGCUCUUCUCGGUGUUCUUUGGGUCUACUUUGAUUUCUCUCUUUGUUGGGCCCUAGCUCUUACUUUUAUUGUCUAUCUACUCUCAGGAGGAUGGAAGUUUGUAAGAAUCGCAUGCCUUACUCUUCCAAGAGAUCUUCGAGCUCUGGUGGUACUAAUCAAAGCCAAAAGAAUCAUGAAGCGUUAUACAGCAGAACGCAAAGGUAUUCCAGAUAUCUUUAGAGAAAAUGUUAGAAAACACCCUAACAAAGUUGCUUACAUCGAAGUUGAUGGUAAAGAAUGGACAUAUCAAGAAGUUGAAGAUUAUUCCAAUCAAGUUGCAAACUACUUAUACAAAGAAGGUUACAGACAAGGAGAUACUAUUGCUUUAUUCAUGCUUAACCGACCCGAAUAUGUAUGCAUAUGGUUAGGAAUGGCGAAGAUUGGUGUAUUACCAGCCCUUAUUAAUAAUAAUUUAAGACUUAAAUCCUUAAGUCAUUGUAUUAAUAUUGUUAAUAGUAAAGGUGUAAUCUUUGAUGGAGAAAUCGGUGAUGCUAUCAGGGACAUUAAACCCGAUCUGGAGAAAUCUGUUAAAUUGUACGGUUGGGGUGAGAAAUAUGAUUCAUCGGUUGUUGAAUCUGUUCAUUUGGAUAAGGAAAUAUCAACAGUGUCAAAAUUACCUGCACCUAAAGAAUUUGUUACAGAUUUUAAUGGAAAACUUAUAUACAUAUAUACUUCGGGAACAACUGGCCUUCCAAAGGCAGCAGUUGUUAUUCAUUCCAGAUUCUUUUACAUGGCUUUUGGUUUGAACCGACUUCUCUCUAUGAGAAAGGAUGCCGUGACUUAUGAUACAUUACCACUUUAUCAUACAGCAGGUGGAAUCUUGGGAAUUGGCCAAGUAUUAGUAAAUGGAGCAACUACAGUAAUACGAAAGAAAUUUUCUGCAUCCCGUUUUUGGGAUGAUUGUGUCAAGUACAACUGUACUCAAGCUCAGUACAUUGGGGAAAUUUGUCGUUAUCUCUUAGCUCAGCCAUUUAGAUCAUCAGAAAAACGACAUAGGGUAUCCUUAGCUUUUGGAAAUGGCAUUAGGCCCCAAAUUUGGAGAGAAUUUAGUGAACGAUUCAACGUAGAGAGAAUCGGAGAAUUUUAUGGAGCGACUGAAGGAAAUGCCAAUAUCGCUAACACUGACAAUACCGUAGGAGCUAUUGGUUUUAUGUCUGUUGUUGCCCCAUUUGCCUACCCAGUAACCUUAAUUAAAGUUGAUCCCUACACUGGCGAACCAAUUCGUGAUCGCAAUGGAAUUUGUAUUCGUUGUAAACCAGGUGAAAGGGGAGAAAUGGUUGGAAAAAUUAUCAAAUCUGAUCCCCUAAGAAACUUUGACGGAUACGCCAAUAAAUCCGCCACUGAAAAGAAAAUUGCUAGAGAUGUCUUUACUAAAGGUGAUUUAGCGUUUUUGACUGGAGACGUUUUGGAAAUGGACGAAUUGGGUUAUGUAUUUUUCAAAGAUAGAACUGGUGACACAUUCAGGUGGAAAGGCGAAAAUGUCUCAACAGCAGAGGUUGAAGCAACAGUUAGUAAUAUUGUUAAACUUAAUGACGCCGUUGCAUACGGUGUUGAACUACCCGGACAAGAAGGAAGAGCUGGGAUGGUUGCCAUUGUAGACGAAAACAAUCAAUUGGAUUUGGUAAAAUUAUAUAAAGACUUGCAAAUAUCUUUGCCAGCUUAUGCAAGACCGUUAUUUAUAAGAAUUUUAAAGAACGUAGACACAACAGGAACGUUCAAAUUAAAGAAAACUGAGUACAGAAAAGAAGGAUACGAUCCGAACCAAACAAAAGAUCCUUUAUAUUACCUCGACGUUAAAUUAGGAGAGUAUAAACCUCUAGAUAAACAAGCCUAUGAAGAUAUUCUAAACCAAAAGAUCCGAUACUAA